AUGAAGGGGGCGCUUGCCGGCCGGGUGCCAACCUCGCAAACACUCUUCCUCUUCUUCCUCUGCGUCUUGCCGGCCAUCGCUUGGCCGUACAAUGCAUCGCUCGCGGCGUACAACCUCAACGAGAAUCAAACUGCCACCAACCCCGCCGAAUACUGGGGUCAAUGGCCGAAUCACACGGGUGACUACUUUUCCUCCCCGGACAACUGGCGCUUUCCAUUCUAUACUUUGAUGCUGGACCGCUUUGUGAAUGGAGAUCCGACGAAUGACAACCACAAUCAAUCCAUCUGGGAACAUGAUAUCUCCUCGACCCAGAUGCGCCACGGGGGAGAUGUCGCGGGCUUACUGGACACGCUGGAUUAUCUGCAGGGCAUGGGGAUCAAGGGGAUCUAUUUGGCCGGCACGAUUCUGAUGAACCAGCCCUGGGGAUAUGACGGGUACUCGGCGCUGGACACCACCUUGCUCGACGGUCAUUACGGCACCCUGACCCAAUGGCGCCAGGCCAUCACCGAGAUUCACAAGCGAGGGAUGUACGUGGUGCUCGAUAACACCAUCGCCACCAUGGGGGAUUUGAUCGGCUUCCAAGGUUACUUGAAUACCACCGCCCCUUUCACCGUGAAGGAGCAUCAGGUCGAGUGGAAAACCGCCCGCCGCUACGUCGAUUUCGAUAUCGGGAACAGCUAUAAUGAGACUUGCGAUUAUCCGCGAUUCUGGUAUGAGAAUGGCUACCCCGUCCAGAAGACGGUCACCGAUUCCCUCGUCGGCUGCUACGACAGUGAUUUUGAUCAGUACGGGGAUAUCGAAGCCUUCGGAGUCUAUGCGGACUGGAAACGCGAAUUAGCCAAGUUUGCCUCCGUGCAGGAUCGUCUGCGCGAAUGGCAUCCCUCAGUCCGCCAGCGGUUGAUCCGACAUUCGUGUAUGAUCAUCUACCAGCUGGAUAUUGAUGGAUUUCGCUACGACAAGGCCACCCAGUCCACCGUCGAUGCCCUCGGCGACAUGUCGGCCGCCUAUCGCGAAUGCGCCCGUGCAGUAGGGAAGGAGAAUUUCUUCAUCGCGGGAGAGAUCACCGGAGGCAAUACUUUUGGGUCGGUGUAUUUGGGACGGGGCCGACAGCCGGAUCAGUAUCCGUCCUCGGUGGAGGUGGCCAUGAAUCUCACCAAUACAUCACUGCCGCAGUACUUCCUGCGACAGGAGGGGAUGAAUGCCAUCGACGGCGCCGCCUUCCAUUAUUCCGUGUACCGUGCGUUGGAGCGGUUUCUCGGCAUGGAUGGGAACUUAGCCGCGGGAUACGAUGUCCCAGUGGACUUCAUCGAGGCUUGGAAGGAGAUGGUGAUUACGAAUGACUUGAUCAACCCCAACACCGGGGUCUUCGAUCCGCGACACAUGUACGGGGUCACCAAUCAAGAUGUGUUUCGCUGGCCCGCACUGGAGAAAGGGACGGAGCGCCAGCUGCUGGGCCUUUUCAUCACCACCUUGCUUCUGCCCGGCAUUCCUCUCCUCCUGUGGGGGGAGGAACAGGCCUUCUAUGUUCUGGACGCCACCGCGUCGAAUUACAUCUUCGGCCGCCAGGUCAUGUCGCCGGCAACCGCCUGGCAGAUGCAUGGGUGCUUCUCCUUGGAUUCCUCCACCUACUAUGACUGGCCGAUCACCAAAGGGCGCCUGGCCUGCCACGACCCAACGGUCUCCUAUGACCAUCGGGAUCCCUCCCAUCCGGCACGCAAUAUCAUCAAGCAUAUGUACCAGAUGCGCGUGGAUUUCCCCGUGCUGAAUGAUGGCUAUAACCUCACCAAACUCUCGAAUCACACGGAGGAUGUCUACUAUCCGGGCUCGAGCGGAACCGCCACGGAAACCGGUCUGUGGUCAGUCCUGCGGGAUAUCAGCGCCGACUACCAGGACUUGGGAUCCGACGAGAAGAACCAGCCCGUUUGGCUGGUCUAUCAUAAUACGAAUCGAACGAUCAAGUAUAGCUUCAACUGCGACGAGGAGUCGACCGCAUUGAUCUCGCCGUUUGACACCGGCACCUGGGUGAAGAACCUGUUUCAUCCCUUCGAUGAGCACCAGCUAGUCAGCAGCCCGAAAAAGCUGGCGAUCAAUGGUUCGACAGCAUACAACGGCUGCUUAGCCAACAUGACUAUGGAUGCCUACGAGUUCCGCGCCUAUGUCCCGCGAGAUCGCUUCGUUAAACCCCGUCCGAUGGUGACGAGUUUCUCUCCCGGCCAUGAUGUGCCGGUCCGCUCCACUGUGGCUGCCGAUGAAGACGAAACCAUCCAGAUCAAACUAUACUUCUCCGAAGCGAUGGAUUGCGAUUCGGUGACGAGUGCCAUCUCCCUGAAUUCUUCGACCGAAGUAGGGAAAGUUCCCUCGGUGGACUCCGAUAGUGUCAGUUGCAAGGCGGCUACGCUCAACGAAACCGGCAGCACAUGGGCCGGAUUUAUUCCCAGCGCCUGGGUGUGGCAGGGCAACCUGACUGGGGUCUAUAAUGGGAUCCAUCGCGUGACCAUCAACAAUGCUAGUAAUACCUAUAAAAACGAGACCACGGAUGCGGUCGACCAUUUUCUUCUGCGAGUGGGUCAGAUUGACAACCCGAUGAUCUAUCCGACCGCCAAUUACUCCAGUAGCUUACUGCACCAAUACUCCAACGGGUCUUUGUACGUUCAGCACCAUGCCGCAGGCGCGGAUAAGUGGCGAUACUCCACCAAUUGGGGGUCGUCUUUCUCCGACUGGAUGGACUACACGGGGGGCAACACGACUAUUACGGAAAACUCGUGGUCGGGCACCAGCAAGCAGGCCUGGAAGGGCUACCACGUUCGUACUGAAUACUGGAGUCGAUGGACCGGCAGCAGUGACUACGUCCAAGAAGGCGAUACAGGGUGGACGCAUCAGGUUUCUCGGCGCUUUCCUCACCUCUUCUGGGAGGGCCCCUACAACGAAUACGGCUAUGAUGCUGGGCUGGACAACGUCAUCCGCCAGGAUACGACAGAUGGACUGUGGAAAUACCACUUCACAUACGAAUGGCCAGCCUACGGCCAGGUAAGUGUCUGGGGAAUGAAUCCAGACGGGGAGCCUGAUGAGGGAUGGGUGAUGGGCGAUGCGGACAACGACACGGUACUGGAUCGGAUGCCGCCCUCCUCCUUAUCAACCACGGUGAUCAAUAUCACGGAGCACCCCCCUUCUCCAUACAUCUCUUGGAAGCUGAUUAUUGACGAUGCGACAUUGAAGUAUUCCCUGUCGCCCGUGGGACAUCAGGCUACCCAGAUCGCGCUCUAUGUGUUGUUUUGGAUCGUGCCGCCUCUCUCGGCAGCGGCCUGCGCUUGGCUGUUCAUGAAAUCCUUUUAUAAGGUCAAGUUCAAUGCAGUGGGUGCGAGCCAGAAACAACCAGUCUUCUCAAUUGCGCUCCGCCGUCGGCUGUUAAAGAAGAAUCAGACCGGAGGCGGGGAGUACAGCCGACUCAAUCCCUUGAUGCGACUGGCAAAUAAAUCGGGGUUGCUGCAGACGGCCAACCCCAUCAUCAGCGCUGCAGCCGGAAAGCGACGCAUGGUUUUGAUCGCGACGAUGGAGUAUGAUAUUGAAGAUUGGGAGAUUAAGAUCAAAAUUGGUGGUCUAGGGGUUAUGGCACAGUUGAUGGGGAAGACCCUCAGCCACCAGGAUCUCAUCUGGGUGGUCCCCUGCGUUGGGGGAGUGGACUACCCGGUUGACACUCCAGCCGAGCCUAUGGAGGUGACUAUCAUGGGUACGGUUUAUGAGGUGCAGGUCCAGUACCACGUCCUGAAUAACAUCACCUAUAUUCUUCUCGAUGCGCCGGUAUUCCGCCAACAAACCAAGUCAGACCCAUACCCAGCCCGCAUGGAUGACCUUCAUAGUGCGGUAUACUACUCAGCUUGGAACCAGUGUAUUGCAGCUGCCUGCAAGCGUUUCCCCAUUGAUCUGUACCAUAUCAAUGACUACCAUGGAUCCCUGGCACCAUUAUACUUGCUGCCUGCGACCAUUCCCGUGUGCCUCUCGUUGCAUAAUGCAGAGUUCCAGGGUCUUUGGCCGUUGCGAACGGCCAGUGAACGGGAAGAGGUUCGAUCAGUCUUCAAUCUGAGUGCCGAGGUAGUACAGCAGUAUGUGCAAUUCGGAGAGGUGUUUAAUCUCCUCCAUGCGGGAGCAAGCUACUUACGCGUUCAUCAGCAUGGAUAUGGAGCGGUAGGUGUGUCACGGAAGUAUGGUAAGCGGUCUUAUGCCCGGUACCCUAUCUUCUGGGGGUUGCAUAAAGUGGGCAACUUGCCCAAUCCUGAUCCCUCGGACUUGGGGGAAUGGAGCCCCGAGCAAGCGUUGGCCGCGCAGCGUGACGAUGUGGAGGUCGAUUCCGACUUUGAACAAGGGCGCGCUGCUCUCCGGCUCCAGGCGCAAGAAUGGGCUGGUCUCGAGCCCAACCCCGACGCUGAGCUUUUUGUGUUCGUGGGUCGCUGGUCCAUGCAGAAAGGCAUUGACCUUAUUGCCGAUAUCAUGCCCUCGAUUCUGGAGACCCACCCAGCAGUGCAAUUGAUCUGUGUCGGGCCGGUUAUUGAUCUGUAUGGGAAGUUUGCCGCCUUGAAGCUAGACCACAUCAUGAAGCGGUAUCCAGGUCGAGUGUUUUCCCGGCCGGAGUUCACCUCUCUCCCCCCGUAUAUCUUCUCGGGGGCAGAGUUUGCGUUGAUUCCCUCUCGCGACGAGCCCUUUGGCCUGGUGGCGGUUGAAUUUGGGCGAAAGGGGGCAUUGGGGGUGGGUGCUCGGGUCGGUGGGCUGGGUCAGAUGCCGGGCUGGUGGUAUAAUGUCGAAUCAACCUCCACCUAUCAUCUUCUUGACCAGUUCAAACAAGCUAUCGACGCUGCCUUGGACUCGAAACCGGCCGUCCGGGCUCAAAUGCGAGCUCGUUCGGCGAAACAACGAUUCCCGGUGGCGCAAUGGGUGGAGGACUUGGAGAUCCUCCAGACGACGGCGAUUCGCAUCCACAAAAAGGCGGCCAAAGGCAAUGCCAGUGGCCGCUCUUCCACCCUGUCGGGGCUUACUUGGCACGAGUCCAGCGGGUUGAAUCAACCGCUACACGCUGCUUCAGGACUUUCUUCCGGACUGCAGACGCCCUUGAGUCCUUCGCGUAACAGCAGCUAUACCAACCUCAACCGACUGAGUGAAUUCAUUGCCAAACCGGAGUCCGGUGAGCGAGUGGUCUCCGGCCUGCAACGCAAACUUUCUCUGGGAGUCCGUUCCGGGCCCGGCCAUCAGCCUCGUGCCAGGCGGGCCGAAGGGCCAACCGAUGAUUUGUCUGUCAUGGACGAGAGCCUCGAAGAACAUGCGGCUGUCGAUGUCGAUCCAGAUCAGCCCCAGGACAACGAAUAUACCCCCACCUCUGCGGAACUAGAGGCCGCGCGCCGCAUGCAGGCUGCUCAGCAGUCGGGGCUAACGGCUAUGCCUAGCUCGCGGAUCUCCAGCUCCAGUCCCCUUCAAAUUCCAACCUCUCCCGGCACACCACGAACAAGUUCGAUGGGCGAGAUGGGCCUGCUUCCUCCCAUGGGCAUCAGUGAGGUCAACCACCGGCUGAGCAGUGCAUCCCUACUAUCGGUUGACAUGGUCACGGGGCAGAAGAAGGAUUUCCGGCUGCAGAAGGUGGAUCCUUUUUUCACGGAUAGCACGGGGGAAUAUCAUGCGAUGUUCGAUCAGAAAUUGCAGAAUCUGACCGGGGGCAACUCGGAAUCGGAGCUCUGCAUUGAGAAGUUUCUCAUCACCAGCGAGAAGGAGUGGUUCGAGCGAUUCCACGACGCCAAGCUGGGUCGCCUGAAAUCCCCGGCGCCCUCGAUCUUCCGCGAUGACAAGAAUGGCGCGUCUUCAGUCUCUAUAACUACUCGUGAGGACCGAAGCAUCACCAAUCGUAGCAACAGCCACGACCAUGAAUCGGAACCGGAUGAUGAGUUCCUGCUCGGCAAGGACUACCGGCCUCCUUCCGGCGUCAAACUGUGGAUGCAGAUCCGCCUCGGAAACUGGCCGAUCUAUUCGAUCUUACUUUCUUUGGGACAGGUUAUUGCGGCCAAUUCCUACCAGAUCACUCUGCUGACAGGCGAGGUCGGCGAGACAGCGGUCAAAUUAUAUGGAAUCGCAACCACCUAUCUUGUUGCCUCGAUUUGCUGGUGGUUGAUCUACCGGUAUUAUAAGAUGGCUGUAUGCCUGUCUCUUCCCUGGGCUUUCUAUGGGUUGGCGUUUUUCCUGAUCGGCUCUGCGCACUGGACCACGAACUCCUUCGCCCGCGGAUGGAUUCAGAACAUUGGAACCGGCGCUUAUGCCGUGGCGUCAGCCAGCGGCUCCAUGUUCUUUGCCUUGAAUUUCGGCGAUGAGGGAGGCGCUCCCAUGGAGGUCUGGAUCUUCCGGGCUUGCCUGAUACAGGGGUUGCAAACCGCCUAUGUCAUUGCCCUCUGGUAUUGGGGCUCGGUCUUGACGAAAGCCUCCAGUGACGGGGUUUCCACGACCACUGAUGGGGUCGCUGGCUCCUGGAAAAUGACUGCCAUCUGCUACCCCAUUGCAGUAGCGUUGGCUGCUGUUGGGCUUCUGCUAUUCCGCGGACUGCCCAAUUACUAUCACCAAUCUCCUGGCAAGAUCGCCUCUUUCUACAAGGCAAUCGUUCGUCGGAAGAUUGUGCUUUGGAAUAUCGUUUAUGUCCUGCUGGCGAAUUUCUUCCUCAGUGCGCCCUAUGGCCGAAACUGGAACUUCCUCUGGUCCUCCAGCCACGCUCAUGCCUGGCAAAUUGUGAUCUUGUGUGUUGUCUUCUUCGGGUUCGUCUGGGCCGGUUUCCUGUUCAUCGUAGCCCGGUAUCUGAAGGCCCACAGCUGGUUCCUCCCCCUGCUAGCCUGCGGACUACUGGCCCCACGAUGGGCGCAGAUUUGGUGGGCCACUUCGGGGAUAGGGUACUACUUGCCCUGGGUCGCCGGGGGCUACGUUGGUGGGGCGCUGGCAUCCCGCAGCCUCUGGCUCUGGCUUGGGGUCCUCGAUAGUAUCCAGGGUCUCGGAUUCGGCAUUAUUCUGCUUCAAACCCUGACGCGGACGCACAUGCUCUUCACCUUGAUCUGCUCCCAAGUGUUCGGAUCCAUUGCGACUAUCGCCGCCCGAGGCUUCGGUCCCAACAAGCUGGGUCCCGGCCCAAUCUCUCCUGACCCUACUGUUGGGGUCAGUGCGGUGGCGAAUGCAUGGUUCUGGGUCGCCUUAUUCUGCCAAUUGAUCAUCUGUGCUGGAUUCUUGCUUUUCUUCCGGAAAGAACAGCUCGCGAAGCCUUGAGCGUCAAAAGUACGACCGACUUUCGGUCUGAUGUGAAGAACUUUUGAAAAGAUGAAUCAUGUCAGAGCUUUCAAUCUGGUCGGAGUAGAAGGCCAUCUGACAAGGCAUGAUGAGAUGAUCUCAG